UUUACAUGUAACAAUAACUCCUCUUCCUUCUAUUUCUUUGGGGUUUUACAUUUAUUCAAACUCAUUUCUCUUCAUAUGCUCAAACGCACACACGAACACCUCCAAUCGUGUGAUCGAACAACCGCUGCGUGAUUCCAUUUCUUCAAUCUGAAUCUGAAUUCAUCAUCGUCAAUUCACCACGCAGUGAAGCAUUAGGAAAGCUUCUCUGGGUAAUGUGGAAUCGCAGAAAUCUAUAUUCUGUGUGCAAGCGGUGAAACUUCUUCCAUUGAAAAAUUCUAAAAUAUUGCAAAAAUGACUCCAUCAAGUAAGGCUGAUAAAAAGGCAGCAGUAGACAUUGCUGCAUGGAUGUUCAACAUAGUCACUUCUGUUGGGAUCAUCAUCGUCAACAAAGCUUUGAUGCAAACAUAUGGUUUCACAUUUGCUACAACAUUAACAGGAUUACAUUUUGUCACAACAACCUUGAUGACUGUUGUUCUUAGGUGGCUGGGUUAUAUCCAACCAUCUCAUCUACCGACGUCAGAUCUUCUGAAAUUUGUCGUAUUCGCUAACUUCUCUAUUGUUGGAAUGAAUGUCAGUCUAAUGUGGAACUCUGUCGGAUUCUACCAGAUAGCAAAAUUGAGUAUGAUCCCUGUAUCCUGCUUGUUGGAAGUUGCGUUUGAUAAGAUUCGAUAUUCAAGAGACACAAAACUCAGUAUUCUAAUCGUUCUUCUGGGUGUUGCUGUCUGUACUGUUACUGAUGUGAGCGUUAAUACUAAAGGUUUCAUUGCUGCCGUUGUUGCUGUUUGGAGUACAGCUCUUCAACAAUAUUAUGUGCAUCAUCUUCAAAAGAAACACCAAUUGAGUUCUUUCAACCUGUUAGGGCACACUGCGCCCAUCCAGGCUGGAUCCCUGCUACUAGCGGGCCCCUUUGUUGAUUACUGGUUGACAAACAUGCGAGUGGAUGCUUUUAAAUAUGAUAUUGCAUCUCUGUUAUUUUUAUUCCUAUCAUGCACGAUUGCAAUCGGGACCAACUUGAGCCAAUUCAUCUGCAUCGGGCGGUUCAGCGCGGUCACAUUCCAAGUCCUCGGUCACAUGAAAACCAUACUCGUGCUCACACUCGGGUUCAUCUUUUUUGGUAGAGAAGGGCUCAAUUUUCACGUGGUUCUCGGGAUGAUUAUAGCCAUUUUGGGCAUGGUUUGGUACGGUAACGCCUCAUCAAAACCCGGUGGUAAAGAACGCCGAUCAUAUUCACUUCCGAAAACCAGUCAACCGAAAAAGGACUCGCUGUUAGAAGCUUCAAGUAUCGAUGCCAAGGUGGUAAGCUGACCGAUUUACCGAGUAAUAUAAUACCACAGAAAAUAUCAACGAUCGACACGCCACACAUACUAUUUAUCUUGCUAGAGAAUUCUUUGAAUCGAUUGUUACUUUUAAGUUAUAUGAUUUUUGUAUGUGAUAAUGAUUUUAUUUUAAUUGUUAUGAAUUGAGGAACUUUAGUUAGAAAGGGGAUACCAUAUCCUUUCAUUUUUUUUUAUUUAA